UUGUGUGUGUGUGUGUUUGUGUGUGUGUGUGUGUGUGUGUGUGUGUGUAUACUUGUGUGUAGCCAGCAUACACAGUAUACUUUGUGAUAGCUUAUAGUCUGGUCAACAAGUGCCUUUUUGGUCAACUUUUUUCAGCAGUCUCCGAAAAUUAUGAUUGAGUUGUCAUUUGAUUCAGAAUGGUGUCUAGAUGAUUUUCGAAAAAAAUGAAGUUCCGCUUGCAAAAAUUGCAGAAGUUAUUAACAAUUAACUAAAAAAAAGGGGUUUAGUUUUUUGCAAAUACAGUCGAACCUUGGUAAGUGAGAGUUGAUGGGACCAACAUUUGAUUCUCACUUAUGAAGGUUUUCCAUUAAACUAGGUUUCUCACUUAUUGAGGUAUUUUAAUGGCGUUUGUCACUUAGAGAGGUAUAAGAAAAUAGAAUAGUAUAGGAAACAUUUAAAUACAGUAUCAAUUAGGAUUAUUAUUAAAUCUUAUUACAAAAAUACUAAAAGCAAAUACAAUAAAGCGAAGUACAAUACAAAGUAAUAUUAUCAAAACUAUUAACAUAAAGUGUUAUGAUGAUUAAUGUCAAAAAAAUCAGAAAUUUUCUUUUGAAUUUCCUGUUUAUCGCUCUGAACAUAUUUUUCCAAUUCGUAUAUUUUGUCAAAAAUAGAUUGAUCCAUUUUAUUUGUAGAAAAUUGAAAAUAUUGAUGAAGUGUUUCUAAGGCGUUCAAGGCUUCUUGUCUUUUUGGAAUAAUAGGCGUUUCAGUUAAUGUUAUUUCAGAAACUUCACUAUCUUCAUCGUCACUCACAUUUGAUGUCAAUGUACUCAAACAAUUAUGAACUAUGUCAUCAUCAGUAUGUUCACCAGUAAUUAUAACAUCGUCGUCAACUUUCACAAAGUCUUCAAAAGUGGGCUGUAAUGUACUAUUUUCACCUAAUGCGGUCUAUAUACAUUAAGCCACACCGUCCAUCUUACGGUAAGCACAUUUUACAAUUAUAAAUUUGUAAAUUUAUUAGAUGGAAUCACGUUCACUUGCGGAUGAGUUAACGAUUACUGGUCUUCCUGAAUUAGAUCGAGAAAAGCUUCCCGACGUCGUUGUACAAUUAACGUUUGGGUAGGAAGAGUAACAGGAGCCAUCGCAGUGUUUGCGUCAAGUUCAAUAGCUUGAAGCAUGUUGAUGAGUGCAUCAAAAGUAUUAAAAAAAAAACAAAGUAAAAGUUAGUACUUUGAUGCCUGGCGUUCAGGUCCAGGAUGCGGAUGCUACUAUAUAUCUUCAUCGUAGGCAUCCGUCAUCUCUGUAUAAGCUCCGGCCCGAGGUCCGUAAAAAGUACCCGACAAUUCAUCCUAAAAACAUUUGGAUUUCGAAUACUUUAGUAAAUGUCAGGUAUGCAGAUGAUGAACCACCUGUUAAGUUGAGACCUACAGUGGGAAUAGGCCCACUGCAGGAUUUAAUUCAAUAACAAAUCACUGCUCCCUCACCAUCAUCAAUGUCCAUCGUCUUAUCGCAGAGUCUUUCAACUCGAUUAAGUAAUUUAAAAGUUUGUCACGUAAACGCUCAAUCGCUCAGAAAUGAGUUUCAUUUUGAAAUUUUUAAAGAAUAUUUUAGAAAUCAUAAUUAUGACAUUAUUGCUGUUUCGGAAACGUGGUUGAAUCGGUUAAUACCUGAUAACAUGGUGUCUCUCCCACAUCACACUCUUUAUCGCCAUGAUCACCAUCUUCGUAGUGGAGGUGGGGUAUCUCUUUAUGUGCGAAAUAAUAUUAAAGCUAAAUAUGUUGCAUCUUCAGUAAACUCAGAAGAGAAACAUCCGGAGUACUUAUUCGUUGAAAUAUUGAGUUCAUCACAGCAAAAGAUACUAGUUGGUGUGGUCUAUAAACCACCCAACAUAGGACAUUUAGAUGAUUUAGAGGAGGAGAUGGAAAACAUAAUGGUGCCAUUUAAUAACAUUAUUAUUGUUGGACAUUUAAAUUCAGACUUAAGUAAAAAGAAUUUUUAUGGUGAUCAACUACGGAAGUUUUGUGAUUGUUUAUACUUGCAUAUUGUUGAGUAUGCUCCUACUCAUCACUUACAAAACUUGGAUUCUUGGAUUGAUGUUUGCAUUGUGGAUGAUCUGUCCAAGGUGUUGGCGUCAGAACAAUCUUCAGAUCCAUUUAUUUCUGAUCAUGACUUAAUUUCCGUGACUUAUAAUUACAAAGUUGAAUUACAACAGCUGAAUAGCUUUACAUUCAGAAAUUGGAAUGCUAUUGAUGAUGAUAAGCUGCGAGAAUUGUGUAAAGAUAUUGAUUAUGAAGCUUUGAAGGAGCUGAGCUCAGUUGAUGAAAUGAACACUUGUUUACAUGCACACCUUGAACGUAUUAUAAAUGCUAUUGCGCCUGAAAAAUUGGUUGUUCCGCGUCGACCACCGGCUACAUGGUUCACUGAUGAUAUUAGAAGUCUCCAAUGUCGGAGAAAUAAGCUUUAUCGCAUCUACAGAAGGACGGGUUAUGCUUAUAAAGAGUACUCUAACGUCAGGCGAUUGGUUAAAAAACGUAUUACUGAAGCAAAGAAAAAAUACUUUGACAAUCAAUUAAUUAAUGCAAAAAACUCGAGGGAACUUUGAAAUGAUCUAAGAAGAUUAAGCAUUGUUAAACAGAAGAAAUCACAAACUAUUAUAAAAGUUGACUUGAAUGAAUUAAAUUAAUUCUUUGCACGUGCGUCGGGUAAUGUCAUCGAUUCAGAUGUUGACACGUCAGACAUAUUGUUGGUUGAUAAUAAUGGCGAUGAAUUCACUUUCACAGAAUUGAA